AUGUCUCUAUAUCGUAUUGGAGUCGAUGUUGGUGGCACAAACACAGAUGCGGCCAUCCUUGACAUCCGUGCCUUUGACAAUCCCGGCCGGGGAGUCUUGGCGUCUUACAAAGCCUCAACUACCGAGGACAUCACCAGUGGCAUAGAGGCUGCUAUCCGGGCUGUCUUGGGCGAGUCCAAGGUCGACCAAAGUCGAGUUCUGAGUGUCACGAUCGGAACAACCCAUUUCAUCAAUGCUCUGGUCGAAGCCGACGCCAGGAGACUGGACCGGGUAGCCGUAGUGCGCCUUUGCGGCCCGUUUACCAGGCAAAUCCCACCAUUCUCAGACUUCCCUGUGGGACUUCGGAGCAUCCUCGAUGGAGGCGCAUACUACCUGGAUGGGGGUCUUGAGAUCGACGGGCGCGAGAUCGCAGCUCUCGACUCCGCACAGAUUGCCAAGACUGCGAGGCAGAUUGUUGACUCCGGAAUCAAGUCCGUUGCGCUCGUGGGGGUCUUCUCCCCGCUCGACGCCGAGGGUAUCCAUGAAGAGCAGUGCAAAAAGAUGCUGCUUCAGGAAGCUCCUGGGCUUUCAGUCGUCUGCUCUCACGAUAUUGGACCGACCGGUCUUCUCGAGCGCGAGAACGCCACCAUUCUCAAUGCCGCCAUCCUCCGGACUGGCUACCGGGUGAAGAAGGGGUUCGAGAGGGCCAUGGCUCGCCUCCAGCUUUCCUGUCCUUUAUACCUCUCUCAGAACGACGGUACUCUCAUUGAUGCCGACACGGCAGCUGAGUACCCUAUCAAGACCUUCGCUAGUGGUCCCACCAACAGCAUGACUGGUGCUGCCUUCCUGGCUGGACUCGAUCACAACAAGCCCACAUCUCAGGCGGGCGAUACAGAUUCCUCAGAACCCCAGAUUCUAGUCAUUGAUAUUGGAGGCACGACCACUGAUGUCUGCGCUCUCCUGCCUUCCGGAUUCCCUCGUCAGGCUCCUGGCUUCGUUGAGGUGGGAGGUGUGCGGACUGCAUUCUCCAUGCCAGAGGUCGUCUCAAUCGGGCUGGGUGGCGGUAGCAAAGUCACAGUCAAUGGGGACUCCGACGACGAUGUCAAAGUAGGCCCAGCCUCCGUUGGUCACUUCCUCAAGGAGCAGGCCAAGGUUUUUGGAGGGCCGACAUUGACCGCGAGUGAUAUCAUUGUUGCAAUGGGCAAAGGCAAAUUGGGUGAUGCUUCUCUAGUCAAGGACCUCCCCAAAGCGACUGUCGAGGGUGCUCGCAAAGACAUCAAGAAACUUCUUGAAACAGUCAUUGAAAAGAUGAAGGUCUCAGCGGCUCCAGUCCAUGCUCUCCUCGUGGGAGGUGGUGCGUUGCUUGUCACCGACCAGCUCGAGGGCGUCGAAGAGUGCAUCCAGCCGAUCCAUCAAGGCGCUGCCAACGCCGUUGGGGCCGCCAUUGCCAAGGUCUCUGGAACCAUCGACACUGUUGAGAUUCUUGAGGGCAAGGACGAGAAGGUAGUCAUCGAGGCUGCGCGUCAGAAAGCCAUCGACUUGGCUGUGCAAAAAGGAGCUGCUCGCGAGCACGUCCAGAUUGUCGAGGUCAACAAGAUGCCGCUGCAGUAUAUGCACAACGGCGCCAUUCGCAUCCAGAUCCGCGCAGUAGGACCGCUUUCUAUCCCGGAUGAGUUGACACCUCCCUCGUCGCCACCCUUGGUGGCUGCGAAAGAGGACGAGGACGCCGAUGAGGGCGUGAAGGUAUCCGUCCCCAACGCUUUAGAGUCGACGAUCAGGCCGUCGCUUCAUGUGGACCUAGAAGCCUACAGGCCCGAUGUACGAGAGGGUGUCUGGUAUGUGUCUGAGAUUGACCUGGAGAUGAUGUCAACAGGCUGCGGUGUGAUGGGCACUGGAGGCGGCGGCCCGACGCAUCAUGAGUAUCUCAAGGGCCUACAUGCUUUGCGGACUGGAGGAAAGGAUAAGAUGAGAAUCAUCUCUCCUAAAUCACUGAAGGAUGAUGCUAGCGUCUGCUUUGGCUCAUGGUAUGGCAGCCCUUCUGUGAUCAAUGAGCGUGUUAGCAGCGGUUUAGAGAUCCCGACGGGCCUCAAGGCCCUCAUGCGUAUCCUAGGCAAGGAAAAGUUCGAUGGCUUGUACAUUGACGAGAUUGGCGGCGGCAAUGGCAUGAGUGUAUUUCCGACAGCGGUUGACUUCGAUAUGCCCGUUGUUGAUGGUGAUGCGAUGGGAAGGGCAUAUCCGACGAUGUAUCACGCAAUUUUCAGUGUCUACGGUUACUCUUUGACACCAUGUGUGUUGGCCGAUGCUUGUGGUAAUACAAACGUUGUGAUGAACACUGAUACCCCGGUCCGUCUCGAGAGACUCCUUAGAACAGCUGCCAUCGAGCUCGGUCUUGGCUGUGCUGUAUGCGCAAACCCACUGCCAGGCUCCGUCAUCAAAGAGUACGGUAUCUCAAACACCCUCUCAAUGGCAUGGUAUCUGGGACGAGCCGUGCACAUGGCCUCGCGAAGGAAGUCGAGUAUAGUGGAUGCUAUCUUUGACGUAUAUUCUGGGACACUGUUGUUCAGCGGAAAGAUUAUCGAUGUGCGCCGGUACAUCGGUGGCGGCUACACCAUGGGCGCUGUCGUCUUAGCCCCCCUGAGUGAGGAGGAGCGGGAGGGAACAUCUAAUAAGACGAAACAGGCUGCGCCAGCUGACAAGCACAUGGUCAUUCCCUUCCAGAACGAAUAUCUAUAUGCGGCUCUGUGCGAUGUGGAUGCUACGGAGAGCUCUCAGGAGGUGAUCUGCACUGUACCCGACCUGAUCUCCAUCCUGGGCCAGGAUGGAGAGGCCAUCGGAUCUCAGGAUCUACGCUAUGGGCUGAGGGUCAGCGUCAUUGGCUUACCAGCGCACCCUCUGUGGAAGACGGAGAAGGGAAUCAAGGUGGGCGGCCCUGAAGGCUUUGGGCUGAAGAUGCCAGUGGUACCAAUCAAACAGGUUUUCCCUGAGUCGAAGAGUGUCAUUGAGGAGUUUGCGCAAUAG